GGGAAUUUUUAUAGGACAAGGCUCUUGCCUUCUGAAGAAAUGGAGGUUGGAUCCUCACAGAGAAGUCUCAAACCUGCCUCUGACUUUCUCUCUGUAUUUCAACCAGUUGUCCCCUGCCUGUUGUCUCUGCUGCUGGAACCCUUUACCUUGGGUGUCCCAUUAUCCCUGGCUGACCCCAUCAACCAAGCCUAUAACUUGGCCCUCUACAUGCAGAAGAACACUUCAGUGCUGCUGCAGACUUACCUCCAGUACCAAGGCAGUCCCUUCAGUGACACGGGCUUUUCAGCCCCUGAGCUCCAGUUGAGCAGCCUCCCCCCUGCAGCUGUCCCCUUUAUGUUAUGGAGAGGCCUGGGAGAUGGUGAGAGGCUAAUCCAGACUCGAGGUGCUUUCUCAGCCCUGGCCCAGCAUCUUCAGCUUGUGAAUGAUGACCAGGCUGACCUUAACCCUGGCAGUUCUGUCUUGUUGUCUCAACUGGCAGCUGCAAGGCUCUGGGCCCAGGGCCUGAUGGGCAAUAUGGCUUCUGUUAUGACUGUCCUGGGGGUAUCCAUUCCUCCUGAAGUGGAUGCUCUUGGACCUGCACCCUUUGGAGCCUCUGCAUUUGAGAGGAAAUGUCGAGGCUAUGUGGUGACCCGGGAAUAUGGACACUGGACGGACAGGGCUGUGCGGGACAUGGCUCUUCUUAAGGCCAAAUAUGUGGCAUAAGGAACAAGCUGGACUUUCUGUAUGAAAUGGCAACUAUUAUCUGCAUACUUUUGAAAGGAAGAGUUGCAGUGUGCUGUUCCUAAGGGGCAAGCCAGCUGCCAUGAGGCCAUGCCUCUUAAUUUGUCCUCUGGAGCCAUUGGCCUGAUGAUUCCCCCCAGUGUUCCUACUCAGUAGGGAUUCCAGUGGUAUUGGCUGUGCCCGGGCAGUGUAGGCAGGACCUCCAUUGUAGAGGGGUGUGAGCAGAUAUUUUGGGGUCAAUUCUGAAUGGAUGAGA